GUCAAAAAACUAACUUUGUUGUUUUCACAUUUUUGUAUUGGAAUUUGCCAAAUAAAUCGUUGUUUUUUUAUUUUUGGUCCACAUUCUUUACUUAAUGCUAGAGCUGUGUUUCAACUCUAUCAUAUUAUUGGCUAAUUAUUCAUCUUUAUUUGUGAUUACUUUUGGGAAAAGAAAGAUAAAUGUGGCAAAGAAUUAAUUGUAUGUUCGUAACAGCUUGUGAAAAUGUGGGUUAAACCGCAAGAAGUAUUUCUUAAAACUGCACUGUGGGACUGUGAUGAAACUACAUUGUAUUUUGUACUUCAACGAAGAAAAGGACAUGGCAAAUCAAAGGGGCUGUCUUCCCUUCUUGUAGGAACUUUAGAUAGUGUAAGAGACACUAAACCAGCGCCGUAUAGGAUAUUACAUCAAACACCUAAUUCUGAAAUUUAUUACGUAAUAGCAACAGCUUUAACGGAACUAGAAAUUAAACAGGACUGGCAAUGGCUGUUUGAAAAUGUUAGUCCAACCUUACACUCAUUUGAUACAGAGGAAGAAAUAACUGAGUUUGUGUGUUGUAAAAUUAAUUCGCUUAUUGCUACAGAACAGGAAAGCUUUACUGAAGAUGAAGAUACAAUAAAUUACAAAAAUGUUGAUUAUCAUUUCCACCAAAGAUUUGGAAUGCCAAAGGAUGAAAAACUUGUCUGUCACUACUCAUGCAGCUACUGGAAAGGGAAGAUGCCACGACAGGGUUGGCUCUAUCUCUCAAUGCAUUACAUGUGUUUCUAUUCAUAUAUUUUUGGACGCAACACAACCCUUAAAAUUCGUUGGGCCGAUGUCACCGAACUCGUGAAGAGUAACAGCCUGCUUUUGCCCGAUUCAAUAACAGUGGUUACAAGAGAUGGAGAGCAUUGCUUUACAAUGUUAUUGAAGAAAGAUGAAACAUUCGCUCUAAUGCAACAAUUGGCUAACAUCGCUAUGAAACAGUUGAUCGACGAUAAAACGGGCAACUACAAUAUAGACAAGGAAUUGCUCACAAAACUGAGCAAAAAUGUCCCUAAAAAGGCAUCAUUUCUAAAGCGUGAUCUGGACGCGAAGAAGCAGUCGAAUUUAUAUACUCUACGAUUUCGCUUACCUCAGGUUGAGAAAUUAGAUGGGACCGAGGAGUGCACCCUGUGGACACCAUAUAAUAAACGUCAUAAUUGGGGAAGGAUGUAUUUGUCGCAGAAUUUCAUUUGCUUCGAUAGUCGGGUAGCGAACUUGGUCAGGCUUAUUAUUCCGCUGCGGAAUGUGUACCAAGUGGAAAAGGCUGAUUCGGGUGGAACGGGGAGUUCCGGCGAGUCUGGGAGCAUUCUCAUCACCACGUCAUAUCAUACGAGCUUUUUAUUUGGAAAUAUAUCUGACAGGGACUUCAUAGUACACAAGAUAUCGGAGUUAUUGGCCAAAUUGCCCAAUGAUGUAUUCAGGGAGAAAAGCGGAAAAGCCGUGGGGGGACAACGCGUUGAAGGAGCAUGGACGCCACAGCCUCCACUCAUGACUCUGUUCAAGACCCACCAGACUUCCAGCAUCAAGCAAAUACAGCAGAAGAAGGAAAAACAGUGGGAAGAUCACAUGGCUGAAGUAGGGCGUGGUGUAAGUAUGUACAGAACGACAGAAGGAAGUGAACUGGUCGUGAAGGGUAUACCUGAAUCUCUACGCGGGGAGUUGUGGAGCGUCUUCUCAGGGUCCAUUCUUCAGAAGGUCCAAAGCAAGGGCCUCUACGAGAAGCUGGUGAAUGAGGCCCUGUCUUCGAAGAACCAGGCCAACGAUGAGAUAGAAAGAGAUCUACAUAGAUCACUUCCGGAGCAUCCGGCGUUUCAGAACGAUGUUGGCAUAUCAGCUCUUCGACGCGUACUCUGCGCGUACGCACUAAAGAACCCUACCAUCGGCUAUUGUCAAGCGAUGAACAUCGUGGCCUCCGUUCUCCUAAUAUAUUGCCCGGAAGAGCAGGCCUUUUGGCUUCUUGCGACCAUUUGCGAGACUUUGCUCCCGGACUAUUACAAUACCAGGGUCGUUGGUGCUUUGGUGGACCAAGGUGUCCUAGAAGAGCUGACGAAGUCACAGUUACCCGAUCUCCACGCAAAGCUGGACGAACUGGGGAUGAUGAAGAUGAUCUCCUUGUCUUGGUUCUUGACGCUGUUCAUCAGCGUGAUGCCGUACGAGUGCGCCGUAAACGUCAUGGAUUGUUUCUUCUAUGAUGGCGCUAAAGUUAUUUUUCAGGUGACUUUAACCAUAUUGGACGUGAACAAGGAAAAGCUUCUCAAAUCCACUGAAGAUGGCCAAGCGGUGCAAAUUCUGACCGAUUAUCUCGAAGGCAUCUUCAACGAUGAGGCCAUGGCGCUUUCCACCGAGCCAAGGACCGCUCAGAAGACCAUAAAGAUACAAGAGCUGGUGUACCAGUCGUACCGGAUGUACGGGGCCAACGUCAGCAGCGAGUGCAUCGAGCACUUGAGGCUCAAACACCGCUUGAGAGUGGUCCGGCACCUGGAGGACAGCCUCGAGAAGAACACCCUGAGGGCCCUGCAGCAGGACAAGCUGCUGGAUGCUAACGAGUUGCAGGAAUUACUAAGCGUAAUCCGUGAAGAACUCUUCUGGGCGAAGCGAGUCCCGGCCGAAAGGUUGGAGGCUCCGUAUGAAGCGUACAGACUGGACUACGCGCAGUUUAAGACGAUAUACGUGGCCCUGUCCCCUUGGGCUAAGGGCGACUACGCGGAGGCGAUCACGGCCAGGAUUUUUAAGCUUAUGGACCACGACGACGACGGCCUUGUAAGCGCCCGCGGCUUGUCGCUCGCCAUCGGGCUGAGCACGAGGGCGGAGGCACAGAAACGACUGCGCGCGCUGUAUUGUGCGCAUGCGCCGCCACUGUUAUCGAAUUUGGAGCUGAGGUCUGCGCAAUUAACGGAGGUCGAGGAGUUGGCGGACGACGCCAUAUCCUUUUUUGACAGUAUACAGCGGCCUUCCGAAUCUAUCCAGAAAUCUAUUAGUGACAUGGGUGACGGACAAAUAGACAAAUCAACGGACAGCACUUACUCCCCGGACGAAGCAAUAGCGGCGGAGGCCAUUCGCGUGUGCGCCUUGGGUGUCCCGCCCGGGGCUUCGCCUGGCACUCCCCCGCCGCCCUCUCCGCCGCCCGCCCUGCCUCGCCCGCACUUCCUACGUCUGCUGGCCGCCCUUCACGACCUCACGCAGUACUCCACGCCCUUGUACGAGGCUGUCGCUAGAGCAGAGACUCUACUUCUACAAUUGGGCGAAUUAAGGCAUCGACCAAAUUUGGACCGAGAGAUGUCGCAAGACAGCUUGUACUUGGCGGCUGCCGCUCAGCCUUCGGCACUCGAGCCCGAUCGAAACGGCAAUCUGGAGGAAGCGUGCGCGCAGCCGUCUCCUAGUAAAGACGAAAAAGAUCCCACGGAGGAUUGGUCUAUCACGUUGGAACAAUUCUUAGCCACAAUGUUAGCCGAGGCGGCCUUGGAGGAGUUCUUCAGCAAGCAGGUCUCGAUCUUACCGCAACUCGAGGCUUUGAGGCAGAGAGACAGGCUGCAAUCCGUCUCGUAGCCGUGUUGAAUGCCAUCUCUGGGGCAGCAGGGUUAUUCAGCAUUCCGUGGCAUGAUCCGAUCUCAAAAGAUGUUUUUAUUUCAGAAACGACUUUAACAGACUCUUAUUAGGUAUAUUAUUUCUUAGCAAUUUUUUUGUGUACAAAAUUAUGUCUCGCUUCCAACACGCGUUCGGUUUAAAAAUAUUACUUGGCAUUACUAUAUCGCUUUCUCCUCCGGGGAACAUAAUCGUAGAAGCAAAACUUUUUUUCACAGGAAAAAUAACAAGUUAAUGCUAUUACUAGUCCUAAUUUCUAUUUGAGGCUUAAUGUUAUGUAUUUAGUGGAAUUACUUAAAAAGUAACUAAAUGUACAUUACAGUAAUAUAUCUAAUUACAAUGAGGAACAAAUUCGUUAUAUGAUUGUUUCACUGUUUAAACAACGGACGACACAGUAACCAAACAUUACGACAGUAAUUUUGACGAAUGUCUAGCACGUAAUAAUUUGUUUUUACUACGGAAAUUAUUUUGUAUACAAUGUUAGUAAUACUGGUUAACCUUAAUUUAUUACCAAAUUAUUACGUGCGAGACAUUCGUAUCGCGGAAAUAUUUUGACCUUCGUGAGACAGAGAUAUAUUAUUUUCAUUCUUUUUUUUAUUUUCAAACUGUCGCAUGAACUGUAUGGUUACAGGAAAAGAAAUUAGGUAAACCAGUAUUACCAACAUUGUGUACAAUAUAAUUUCCGUAGAAUGAACACAUACUCGUGUUUUUGAAAAAAAUAGAGUUCAUCACCCAAGGAAGACAAAAAUGAAAACUGUCGUAAUAGUGCUUUACGAGUUUGUUUCCCGGAGCAAGCGACAUUCGAAUUUUUUUUUAUAUAUAAUUACUAUGAUAAAUCAAUAAGGUUUCUCUUUUACAUUAAUUGUUCAGAAAUAAUAAAAGAGGCAAGGGUCGCGGAAUACGGAGUAGCUCUGCUGAUACGUGUCAGUAAAUAUUGAGGUCCACCAUCAUUUAUCCAGUUCUUUUGAUCGAAGAAGAUAAUGCAAAAAGUUAAAAUAAAUGAUGUUUAAUAAAUGUUUACAUUAUUGAUAUUUAUCUUAUAAACACUGAAUAAAAAUGAUUAGUGGCCUCUUUGAUUUUGACGAGUCAAUCAGGUAAAUAAUUCUUUGCAACAAAGAUAAGUUUUUCAGUGAAGCUAAAAUUUAUUUCCAAAUUACCGCACUAAAUCAGUAAAUGCCUUAUAGUUAUGAAAGUUACUAAUUACUAACAUUCCGAUAUCUAGAUAAGUUUAAUUUUGUGAUAAAAAUAACAUUAUAUAAAAUGUACGCCAUAUUAGAUACGUAUGUAUAUGUUUAUUAUAUGCAUAGUACAAAACUUGAACACUUAUUUCUCUUACUGUUUAUUAAGAAAUACUUGUUUGUCUUGUUUAACAGAACGAAGUGUCUUUAUAGCAUAGUUAUAACUGUUACUUUAACAGAUAUUGGGGUAUGUACUUUUUAAUAUAGACUUCAAAGACUUGAUGGACAUUUAAAGCAAUUCCUUAUUCAUUAACUAAAUCGGUGUUUUAACUAAAUGUGUUCAUCUGUCCGUCAAAGCUUAAUGACCAAAAAAUAAUGACUAGGGCGGCAGAAGUUUAAGGACGUCACCUCUUGCAAGUCGCAAUUCAGAUACGACACGUAACGGUAACUUUGGCUUGGAGGAAAUUCAUUGGGAAACACAUUAUAGAAAUUUGACGAAAAAAAAGUUUGCUUUUUCCAUUUUCAUUCUCAAUAAUAGUACUUAGGUGUCUAUUUAACAAAUGAGGUAAAUAGUCAAGGCAUAGUUUCCCCAAACCUUCAUGUAAAAUCUGGCGUUUAAUCAUGUUUGACUAUUAUAUAAUAUUAUGUUAUUACUUAUAACAAAACGUUCAGGUCGCACCCGAAAUAUAUGUAUAUUUAUUACAAAUAUUUCGUCAAUGUCUUCAUUCGAGAAUUUGUAUAGAUUUUGUGAAAAAAUAGACUUCAAGCGUUUGUCCCACAAACACGAUUUUACAUGUGCGGCGUGAAUGUAAUUUAUGUAAAUAAAAUUGUGGUACCUGAUAAGUGCCGAGCUUAUAAGAAUUCCUUAUACUGAACAAUAAUGCAUUGUAGGGCUUCGAUGUUAUGGUGCUUACACGCUGAAAUUUCAAAUUAUUUUUGCUAGUAUUUUGUGGCACAACUUAUUUGUAAAGGUGCAAAAUUGUAUUCAUAAUGUUGAAGCGAGAUUUUCGUUAAAUUUAUAAAAAUCCUAGAUUGAAAUAAACUGUUUUAAAGUGAAUAAGAGUUUAUUUCGAGGUGCAAUACUUAAAAAUAAUUUCGCUUUAAUUGUUAAGUUUACUGUGUACCAGGGACUUAUAUAAUAUAGUUAUGAGCACUGAAUGUAAGCCUGAAAAAUAAACAUUAUG